UCUGGCACCAAAUUAGUGAGAGUGCAUUCGCCGACAGGCUGGCGUCACCAAGGAAGGAAACCUUUUCUGUUACAACGACGUCGUUUCGUCAUCUUUCUCUCGCUUCAUAGUUCUCUUUCCCCGCCAGAUCUCAAUUUCCCUUUCUCCGAACUCCUCGACGAAGAAACAUGGCCUCAUUUAUCAGGCUAGACGAUUCCCCCAUGUUCCACAAACAGGUGCGAUCUCUGGAGCAGACAUCGGAUGAGUUAAGAGAUCGAUGCCAGAAGUUGUACAAAAGCUGUAAGAAGUACACGGAUAUGCUAGGUGAAGCAUUCAAUGGUGACAUGAGCUUUGCUGCAUCGUUAGAAGCCUUUGGUGGUGGGCUUGAUGAUCUUCUUGGAGUAUCCAUUGGAGGUCCAGUUUUAUCAAAAUUUAUCAAUGCGCUACGUGAGCUUGCUACAUACAAGGAAUUUCUCCGUUCUCAAGUUGAGCAUGUUCUUGUGGACCGCCUGUCUCAAUUCUUGUCUGUAGAUUUGCAAGAUGCAAAGGAGUCCCGUCGCCGGUUUGACAAGGCCAUAUAUACGUAUGACCAGUCACGGGAAAAGUUUUCUUCUUUGAAGAAAACAGCACGGGAUGAAGUUGUUGCUGAAUUAGAAGAAGACCUACAAAACUCAAAGUCAGCAUUUGAAAGGAGUCGCUUUAAUUUGGUAAAUGCUCUCACGAAUGUUGAAGCUAAAAAGAAAUUUGAGUUCUUAGAAUCUUUUAGUGCAAUUAUGGAUGCACACUUACGGUACUACAAAUUGGGGUUCAACCUACUGAACCAAAUGGAGCCAUUCAUUCACCAGGUGUUGACAUAUGCACAGCAAUCAAAGGAGCAGGCGAAAAUAGAACAAGAUAAACUUGCUAAAAGGAUCCAGGAGUUUAGGACACAAUCAGAGCUGAACCAGUUGCAGGCAUCAAAUAAUUUGGCAACCUCCUCAAAUGCUGUUGGGUUGAAUGGAUACCGCGUGGAUGCUUAUAAGAGCAAGGAUGCAAUUAUACUGGCCACUUCUAAAGGUGAGGUCCAGACGAUCAAGCAGGGGUAUCUUUUAAAAAGAUCUUCAAGCCUCAGAGCAGAUUGGAAGAGGAGAUUCUUUGUACUUGACAGUCAGGGGACUUUAUAUUAUUACAGAAACAAAGGUGUCAGACCAGGGGUUUCUCCUUCACUGCAUCCUUCCCACCCACCUGAGAAUAAUCAUCGUGUAUUUGCUAGAUUCCGAUCAAGGCACCACCGAGAAUCAUCUAUGGGUGAAGAAAGCUUAGGCUGUAGCACAGUGGAUUUGCGUACUUCAACAAUUAAGAUUGAUGCUGAGGAUACUGAUUUACGACUAUGCUUUCGAAUAAUUUCACCAAUCAAAACUUACACAUUACAGGCUGAAACUGAAGCUGAUAGGCUUGACUGGAUGAACAAAAUCAGAGGAGUCAUUGCAUCCCUCUUGAAUUCUCACCUGCACCAGUUAGAUAUGGGGAAUAUUGGUGAUGAUACCUCCGGUGCGUCUUUUAAUCAACAAUUUGAUAUUGCUGGAAGCACUUCAGAUGACACAAGAGUCAACCGAGCUGAUUCUGUCUCCAGGAUCCUGAGAGAAGUUCCUGGGAAUGACCAAUGUGCUGAAUGCAGUGCUUCAGGACCGGAUUGGGCAUCUCUGAAUCUUGGCGUAUUAAUAUGCAUCGAGUGCUCAGGGAUCCAUCGUAAUCUUGGAGUUCACAUAUCUAAGAUUAGGUCAGUCACCUUGGAUGUCAAAGUUUGGGAACCUACUGUCUUGGAAUUAUUCCAGAUACUGGGUAAUACAUACUGCAAUUCUGUCUGGGAGGAGUUGCUUCCUCUGCACAAAAACUUAAAUAUGGAGAGUGAAGGCCCGGCUGUUACCAAACCAGGCCCAGAGGAUACAUCUCAUCAAAAGGAGUUAUACAUUCAAGCAAAGUAUGUAGGCAAACUGCUUGUAAAUAAAGAAGCUGGCACACCCAGAAAUCUGUCUGCUUCCACCAUCUGGGAGGCAGUUAGAAGCAACAAUCUGCGUGAAGUGUAUCGACUCACUAUAGCAUCAGAUCAUAAUAUAGUCAACUCAACCUACGAAGACAUGGUUGCCUGCGGUUCGCACAAUGAUGACAUGGGUUCAAAUGAAUGCUCCCAUGAUACUAAAAUAAAACAGUCCGAUCCAGCGACAUGCGAGAGGAUAAACUCUUCUGGUGAUCCCGGUAGCUGUCUGCAGGGUUGUUCUUUAUUGCAUUUGGCAUGCCAUGGUGGAAGUUUGGUUAUGCUGGAGCUGUUGUUGCAGUUAGGUGCUGAGGUGAAUAAGCAUGACUAUCAUGGCAGAACUCCUCUGCAACAUUGCAUCAUGAAGGGAAACAAUGUGAUGGCAAAGUAUUUGCUAAGAAGAGGUGCACGGGCGUCUAUAAAGGAUGGUGGAGGCUGCACUGCUUUAGAAAGGGCCAUGGAGAUGGGAGCAAUAACUGAUGAGGAGCUCUUCAUCUUGCUUGCAGAGAGUGAGUGACUUGGAGGGCGUGGACAAGUUCUCUCCGCGCGUUUGGAUGAAUUUGUGACAAACCUGCCCAGAAAAUUGAGAUCGGCAAUGAGAAUCUGAAUGCAUAGUUUGAUGUGAGACUUUUGAGGACAUGAUUCCUCUUGCAAGAACACAAGUAUAUAGUGGAAAUCGGAACGAAGAUAUACAUAUCUCAAACUUUAAAGUAGCCAUUUUGAGCUGUGUUUUUUUGUCUUUAGUUACAAUGGCAUGUAUGAGCAGUUUCUUUGUGACCGUUUCACUUCUAUGUGAGUGUUGUCUGUUAAUUUUUAUAAUCACUUUUGAAUUUGAACAGAUGAUUUAUCGGUGUAUAUUAUUUGGGGACACUAUGCAAGCGGGCUUGACUGCUAAAUUAGGGUUUGAUUGCAAA